AUAACCGAAAAACAAAACCAAAGCCCAACUUAAAAGAAAACGUUAUAGGCUCUGUUUCAAUGGAUCAAAACAGAGGCCUGCAAGUUAAAGGAUGCGCUGCAUCAAUCUGUUUCAUAUCACCGGACAACAUGGAAACGUUGACUAACGAAACCAAUGAGCUCAGACCGGAGUUUCUCCACGUUCUUCCAUGUCAAAGAUCAGCCAAAGUUCUUGUAAAGAACUGUAUACUGUUUCUUCUUUUUUCCAAUCUCCUAAUCACCGGAGCUAUGGAAACUCACGAAGCCGUUCACUUUCGAACUAAGUUUCUCCAUGUUCUUCUUAGUCGACGAUCAGCCCCUGUUCCACUGGUAGCUGAGCGUUCGAAGCCAGUGGCAAAUCCUAUAUUUCAAAGUGAUGUUCCAUCUACAGAUGCAACAGAGUCUAGUCCGAAGGAACACAUGGAUAACUUAAAAGAUAUGCUUAAUGAGGAAAACAUUCAUUUGCACACUGAGGCUGGAGAGCAAGGAAGAUUGCCUUUGCUUAUCUUAAGCUUGAAGGAUAAGAGUGUAGAAAAAAGACCAGCUGUUGUGUUUAUGCAUGGCUCAGGCACAAACAAAGAAUGGUUAAGGCCAUUUCUUGAGGCAUAUGCUUCACGGGGAUAUGUAGCCAUUGGUUUGGACUCUCGCUACCACGGGGAACGAGCUGACUCCAAAACUGCCUAUCAAGAUGCUCUUAUAUCAUCUUGGAAAAAUGGAAACACAAUGCCUUUUAUCUUUGAUACUGUCUGGGAUUUGAUCAAACUAGCUGAAUAUCUUACUCAAAGGAAAGAUAUAGACCCACAAAGGAUAGGAAUCGCUGGUAUUUCUCUAGGAGGGAUGCAAGCCUGGUUUGCUGCUGCAGCUGACACCCGCUAUUCAGUAGCUGUUCCUUUGAUCGGUGUUCAGGGAUUCAGAUGGGCAAUAGACAAUGAUGCCUGGCAAGGAAGAGUCGACAGUUUAAAACCUUUAUUUGAAAAAGCAAGGAUUGAUAUGGGAAAGAGUGAAAUUGACAAAGAAGUUGUCAAGAAGGUGUGGGACAGAAUAGCUCCUGGCCUAGCAUCUCAGUUUGAUGCACCUUACUCGGUACCAGUGAUUGCUCCACGCCCUCUUUACCUCCUUAACGGCGCUGAGGAUCCUCGCUGUCCUCUUGGUGGACUAGUUGUUCCGGUGAAGAAAGCUAAGAAGGCUUAUAAGAAAACUCCUGGAAACUUCAAGUUCGUAGCAGAAGCUGGAGUUGGGCACACAGUGACGAGUUUCAUGAUCAAAGAGGCAUCAGAUUGGUUUGACAAGUUUCUUUAAACAAAGAAACAUGACUUCUGAUCAAAAUUAAGGCACAUGACCAUAUAGCAAUAAAAAUGUAAGCUAAUAAAUGCAUGUUCAUAAAGACAUCUCAAAUCUUUGGUUUCAAAGCAUAUGUAUGGUUAAAUAAAAACAUGAAAUGAAUAUCAGUUUAGUAGA